AUGGAUCGAGGGAGGAAGUCCACUAUAGGCAAAGUCUUUUGGCUUCCUGUGGAUGUGCAAUCAUCUCUUCCAAUAUGUGGAUUCCACUUCCACAACACUUUCAUCAUGAUAUUCUUCACUAUUUCCAAAUGUGUGGGCUGCACUCAAAGACUUUACAACAACAACAACAACAACAAAAAAGAAAAAGAAACACACUGCAGUUGGAAGGAAAACUUCUCUGUUUUCGGUGCUCAUGGAGGCUCAUAG